UGCACCUUUGUGCUCGGCCAUAUUACAUGGCUGCCCCGCUCCUACGACAUUCCACAAUACGCCGCUGUUUGUUUCCAAAAUGUUACAAAAAGUUUCUGUCCCAGGCGGUACUGGCUUCACCAUCCGCAUCCACUGGUCAAUGCGGGGAUGUCCAGCCAAAUAACAGCGCGGCUCGCGUGACGCGACAACAGGAGGCCACACAGCCGGACACCCUUGCGAAUAAAAGUUUCCUGGAUCUCACAAAGGUCGAGAAUUAUCUUACAUCCAUUCGGUCCAGCGGUUCGCAGCCAACGAUAGAGGACAUAGAGGGCUUCCGGCCUUCUAGGCACUCACGUCCUGGUACGAAGAAGUACGCAAACGAAUACCGCGACCUUCUUGGCACACUUUGUCGAGCGUUCAGCAAGGACCAGCUCCGCCACUUCACGGAACUGUAUAAACUUGAUCCGUGGUGGUCUCGUGCGAAGCGGAGGAAGGCGGAGUAUGCGGAAUCUAUCAUUGAACGGGUUUGGGGCUGGCCGUCGCUAAAGGAAUUAGAAGAAAGGCGCGUAGACAGGACGGAGGUAAUAUCUAAGAGUUUUCCUAUGACACCCAGCGAACUUUUUGUCGUUCUCGGGAAGGACGGUGCUGAUUUAUUGCAACUUUCCAUUCAAUAUAACGUACAUAUAUCUUUGGUACCUGACCCCCUUGCUCUACAUGUUGAGGGGCUACGUGGUGCUCUGAAGCAAUUGACGGAACAUAUUGAUAUGUUGCGGAAGGACAUCAAAGAAGAAAUAUUCGAACUUCCCACUCGACGGACGAUCCUACAGGCUUCGAUCCAACGCAUAUCACGUCUGGCGGGUGCCUACGUAGAGAAUUACGGCGACGGAGGCAAAGUUAGAAUUUCUUCCCGCGAGGACGGUAGCAUGAGGAAUGCUCAACGGCUGGCUACCCGUGCAUCUAUGGAGGAAGGAUCCGGUGCCCAGGUCAACGUGCUGUGCUAUGAGCUUCCCGACUCAAACAGUAGUUCUAUGGCUCCCACAAGCAUGCCACAUUACUACUCCGCAUACCCGUUUCUGAGUCCAACCCCUUUUCCUUGGACAAUGCAUACUGGCAGCGCCUUUCGAAUUCGUCGCAUUGCCGAUUGGCUUGGGCUCAAUAGCCGAGAAGAUAUCACCAAGGCAGGUGGAUUGCUUAACAGUGAGGCACGAUUCAAGGACUUUACUGGGAAGGAAAUUGAUCUCCGCGAAGCGGUAUUGAAUCUGCCGACUGGCGACGGCAGGGGUGAUCACAGGCUCAUCACAGCUUCGUUGGGCCAUCUUCUACUAUCACCUGGCGAAGACUCCCGGGCCGGGAGCUUACUUCAUCCACUAAGGGGACGCAUGUCUCUUCGCAAGGUCUUGGGAUGGUUUCAAACAGCUAGACCACCGAUGGUUUUUGUUCCUAGUGUUCCGCCAUCGGCAUUGCCCGUGCCCCCCGCCAAGCGCCGUACAUUUCAUCGCUUGGUAUAUAAUACCUUGCCCUGUGGAAGUACACAUAUGAGCGAUCUCCUGCCUUCCUUAAUUAUAAAAGUAGAAGCGGAGUGCUCGUCACAUUCUUCAAGCGAGAACUCCUCUACUAUCUCCUGUUCCGAACCGUCGGCUCCACAGUACUGGAUAGGUCAGGAGGUAUUGCUUAACCUGAUGAUUCCGGAUCGUCCCAUGGAUCUGCAAUUUUCGGUCUUUGACUACCAGCCAAUAUCUGAGGAACAGCUUCCGGACUUGAACGACUAUUUGAUGAGGCUACGCGAAUAUGCAACUCCCGGUGCAGGUGAUCACAAUCCACUAUAUCCGCCAGCAACUUUCGAUUUCAAUGGGCGUACAUUUCACCUUCACGAUAACUGGAGUCUACAUCGAAGUGUAGACUUCGUCGAUUUACCCGCCCCAUUUGCGGACGAAGGUAGUGCUUACCCGAGAAUGCGCGUCUUCCAUGAGAAAAUACUGGACCUUGAAGCCGGUCAGCGGUCGGAAUUGUGCCAGCUGAAGUUGGACUCGAGCUCUGACUUCGAGUUGGAGGAGUUUCCUUACAGCAUGUGAUCAACUUACCGCACCCUUGUCACAGGCACGAAGCAAGGAGAUUUGAAUAGAGUGCUUUAAUAAUUGUUUGAC